AUGGCGGUAGUCAUCAGACUGCAAGGUCUGCCCAUAGUGGCCGGCACCAUGGACAUCAGGCACUUCUUCUCUGGCCUCACCAUCCCCGAUGGGGGCGUGCACAUCGUGGGUGGCGAGCAUGGCGAAGCCUUCAUUGUCUUUGCCACCGACGAGGACGCUCGGCUGGGGAUGAUGCGCACAGGUGGGUCCAUUAAGGGCUCCAAAGUCUCGUUGCUGCUCAGCAGUAAGACGGAAAUGCAGAACAUGAUCGAGCUGAGCCGGCGAAGAUUCGAGGGCGGCGCAGGCGGGGUCGAGACGGCCGCGUCCACGGUGCCCAGUCGCCAGGCCGUGGUGGCGGCUGUACCCGCGAUACAGUCAGCCGCGGCGGGGAGAAGCAUUAGCCUCGGGAACCCUGGUUUCAGCAAUCCUCCCGCGACGGUGACUGCGAGUUCUUCUCAGGAGACUCAGAUUCACAAGGUCGUAGCCAGCUUGCCGAGCAUGGUGCCCAGCUUUCCCCACGGCUACAGCGCCGCCCCCACCAUCACCACGGCUCUGGCGUCACUCAAUGCCGGCCCCCCGCUCAUUGCUCCUUUGCCCACCAUGCCAUCCAUACCGUCCAUGCCCACGAUACCCACGGUCCCGCCACCCGUGUCGUCGUUACCCCCCGUCCCGACCGUCACCCAGCUUUCCCACGGACCUCCUAUACCGGUACCGCCGAUGUCCCACCUGUCUCACAUGUCUUCGCUGCCACCUUUUAACCCCAGCAUGCCCCCGCCAGGAGGACUCGCCGCAGGGCUCCCCAUCGGCACCCCUAACCCAAUGCUGUUCAACCCCCUUGCCCCUCUUGCGUCGCUGGGCCUCCAGGCUCACAUGAAGGCUGCUGCCGCCGCCACGGCCACAGCGGUCGGUCCGUCCAAUCCGGAUGAGUUGUACAUCCUCAUGCAGAAUCUCCCGUUCACCUGUUCUGAACUGGAGAUCAGGGAGUUCUUUCGGGGUCUGGGGAUUGACGCCGUUAACUUGUUUAGAGACGGGCAAGGUCGACCAAACGGUCGAGCCAUGGUCAAAUUCUUCUUGCCCCAGGAUUGCUUCGAAGCUUUGAAGCGGGGCGGCGGCAUGCUGGGUCAAAGGUUUAUUGAGAUCAGCCCGGGGUCUGAAAGGCAAUGGGCGAGCCUCAAUCACAGCACAAUGGGCCUGGCUUCCCAAAAUAGCGCCAAACCAAACAGUCUUUUACAAGACCAGCACCAACGUCGCAACCAGGCCGCCGACGUCGGCCGGGAUCAGCGAGCGAGGUCCAGAUCUCCGCAUCGUCAAGAGUUGUGCGUCUACCUGAAAGGCCUCCCGUACGAGGCCGACAAGAAACAGAUCAAGGAGUUCUUUAAGAACCUGUCCGUGGUGGAUGAGACCAUGUACAUCGCCUACGGCCCCAACGGACGAGCCACGGGAGAAGGCUUUCUGGAGUUUAAAACGGAACAGGAUUACAAGACCGCGUUGGGUGCGCACAUGCAAUACAUGGGCUCUCGUUUCAUCCAAGUACACCCCAUCAGCUACAAAGGAAUGGUGGAGAAGAUCGACAGCAUUCGUAAGCGUGAAGCGGCCCAGAACGAUGGCAAGAACCAGGAUGGCCUCAAAACACCGAGAAACUGCGCGCAUAUCACCAACAUCCCUUACAACAUCUCCAGGAAGGACGUCCGGGCCUUCCUGGAGGGUAUCGGACUUUACGAAGACACGCUUAAGGUUCUGACAGAUAGCCACGGAAACGGUUUAGGGCAGGCUGUCUUACAACUUCAGACUGAAGAAGAUGCCCGUAAAGCGGAAAGACUUCACCGUCAAAAGCUCAACGGCCGCGAUGCGUUUGUUCACCUUGUGACUUUUGAUCAGAUGAAGGAAAUUGAGAGAAACCCCCCUCCCCAAAACAAGCGAGGCCAACGAAAUCAACACCAGAGCCUGCAGAACCAGAGCCAAAACCAGCACAAGCAGCCUCAAGCGGUUCAGCAGCCCCAGCAGCCCCAGAUCAAUCCUUUCGCGGGGAUUGGUGGGGAGGAGUUUAACUUUCUAAGGAGCACAAUGGGAAACCUCAACACUUCCCCGUUUGUCACUCCCUUCUCCGCUCCCGGAAACGGCGUAACGGGCCCGCCUCCGAUCCCCCCGUUGGCCGUAGGACUCAGCGAAGUCAAUCUGGCCGUCGCGCCGCCGCUAAUCACCGGACUUCCUGGAGCUCCGCUUCUGGAGCCGCCGGGCUUUCGACCGGGUGCGGCCGGCGGGUCCGCGUUCGGUCAAGACGGUCUGAGAGGCUUGGUGCCAUUCGACAACAGCAACAGAAAGCCGAGCGGAGGUUCGCAGAACAGAGGCGGCGCCGGGCCUAACAACGUAAACAACAACGGGCAAGGGCGUCAAGCCGGCGCGCCACCCGGUGGACCUCCGUCUUUCAACCAAGGCACCGAGGGUCUUUUGUCCCCGCCGGGGGGAAACAACAACACUAACAGUCAGCGCUCUUCCACUGCCCCCACCGGUGCCCCGACGAUAGUCAAGCUACAGAACAUGCCGUUCACUGUCACCGCCGACGAGAUCAUGGACUUCUUCUACGGUUACGAGGUGGUUCCGGGAUCCAUCUGCUUGCAGUUCAACGACAAAGGCCUGCCCAACGGCGAGGCCAUGGUGGCCUUUCAGAACCCGCAAGAAGCUGCCGCCGCCGUCUCGGACCUCAAUGACCGACCCAUCGGUGCACGGAAAGUCAAAAUUUGUCUCGGUUAA